AGCUUAUACACAUGUGUACCGAGUUUGGUGAAGAUAUGUCAUUCCGUUCAAGAGUUACAGCUUAAAUAACAUUUGGCUAACAUUAGCAUAGAUGCUUUUUGGGUUACUGUCUCGUAAGAAUCGAAAUGUCAACUUUUUUUUGAUAAUUAUUAAUAUUGAGUGUCCAGAGAAUAUUUCUGCAGUGGUUUGGUUCUGAUCAGGUGAAAAACCUAGGACUAGUUCGUAAAAGUAGGUUUCGGAUAUAACUUGGUUUUGCAAGAAAACGGUGCGCCGUAGAGCAAAAAAAAUCAGCUGUGCACUUUUGUUCGGGCUAACCCAAGGAUUGCAACGAUGUAAUGUUUUUGAGUCUACCACAAACGGUUUACAAGUUAGAGCCAAAAAUGUCUAAAAUUUGUUUUUCGUGCUGUAGCGCCUACGUUUGGCUCUACGAUCUGGCCAAAUUUCAAGUCUCCAGGUCUUACGGUUUGGGCUGCACAUUCAGUUCUAGGGCAGAAGAAUAAUAAUAGUAAUAAAAAUCUUAACAAUUACAAGAGGGUUUCAGCACUGCAUGCUCGAACCCCUAAUAAUAAAAACAUUUUUUACACAAUUAUAUUUUUUAUAGGGCAAGCAGAGAAGGCCCUGCUUGCCCUGACGGCCCACCACUGUAGAAAAGUCAGCCCGUGUUAUUUUCCUCCUCUCGUUGCUUCACUCUCCAGUCCAGCGGGUGGCCCUAAGACACACACGUUUGUUUGCCAAACACCAUUAAACCCCAGAGGAAGAAGAUUAGCUUCACCAUAAUCUCUGUUGUGUUGUCGUGAUGCUGUUUUGAUACAAACUGUUAAAAAUGUGUUUCUUUAAAUAGAAAAAUAAAAUUUUUCAAUCAGGUCAGUAAAUACCUGUAAUAUUAUUCUCACAGUCGAGACUAAGUUUUAAAACAAGCAGGAAUUUCUGGAGGAUUAUCAUCUGAACUGAGAUCUGCUGCUGUGAAGAUGGUGUUUGUUAAAGAAGAGAGUGAAGAGAACACGAGUGAACCAGAAACCUGGAGAAUAAAACACGAACAAACAGAAACCUGGAGAAUAAAACACGAGGAACAAGAAGGCUUGAUGAAAGUGAAAGAGGAAAGGCAAGAUCUGAAUGAAGUGGAGGAGAAGCAUCAGGACCAGAAAGAGGCUGAAGAACAAUCAGUGAAUUGCUCCAAAACUGAAAAGAGUUGCUCACAAAGCAACAUUCAGAUAACAGAAGUCCAAAGGCCUUUCACCUGCUCUGAAUGUGGUAACACUUUCAAACAUAAAAGAAGCCUUAUCUACCACACGUUAGUUCAUGCUGGAAUAAAGCCUUUCACCUGCUCUGAGUGUGGAAAGAGUUUUACACAGAAAAAACAACUUAAUGAUCAUGUGCUUGUUCACUCUUCAGAAAAGCCUUUCAGCUGCUCUCAGUGCGGAAACACUUUCACACGUAAAGCAAACCUUAAAAAUCACAUGAUAAUUCAUACUGGGAUAAAGCCUUUCAGCUGCUCUCAGUGUGGAAACACUUUCACAUGUAAAGGAAGCCUGAAGAAUCACAUGUUAAUUCAUGCUGGAAUAAAGCCUUUCGUCUGCUCUCAGUGUGGAAAGAGUUUUGUUCAGAAAGGACACCUUAAGAUUCAUAUGGUAACUCACUCUUCAAAAAAGCCUUUCACCUGCUCUCAGUGUGGAAGGAGUUUUACACAGAGAAAUCAACUCAAUGAUCAUGUGCUUAUUCACUCUUCCACAAAGCCUUUCAGCUGCUCUCAGUGUGGAAAGAGUUUCUCAUUGGAAAAAAAACUUAAUGAGCAUGUACGUAUUCACUCUUCAGAAAAGCCUUUUACCUGCCCUCAGUGUGGAAACACUUUCACACGUAAAGCAAGCCUUAACAAUCACAUGAUAAUUCAUGCUGGAAUAAAGCCUUUCAGCUGCUCUCAGUGUGGAAAGAGUUUUGUUCAGAAAGGACACCUUAAGGUUCAUUUGAUAACUCACUCUUCAGAAAAGCCUUUCACCUGCUCUCAGUGUGGAAACACUUUCAAACGUAAAGAAUGCCUUAAGUCACAUGUUAAUUCAUACUGGGAAAAAGCCUUUUACUUGCUCUGUGUGAAAAGUGUUUCCACUUUAAACAAGGAUUUAAUAGUCACAUGAGAAUUCAUACUAAAGUGAAGUCAUCUGUGUGAGAAGAGUUUGAAAUGGAAAGCCGGACUCAGAGGUCAUCCUUAUCGCUUUCACUCUGCCGUGAGGAAAUUGAACUGAUCUGGACAGAGAUUUCCGAGGAUUGACUCUUUAAAAAGGUACAAGAAAAUAAUGCUUGAGAGAGUGAAAACUCUGUGCUGUGGGUGUGGGAAGAGCUUUAACACAGACGAGUACUCAAUACAGAAAACAUAGCAUAAACUUUGACUGAAAUAAAAUGAAGCAAUAUUUACAUCCAUUUUAAAAAGUGCAUUUUCUCUCAGAAUCUUGACAUUAUUCCUGAGGUAAAUAGACAUUAAAGCGUUAGUUCACCCAAAAAUUAAAAUAAUGUCAUUAAUGACUCACCCUCAUGUCAUUCCAAACCCGUAAGACCUCCGUUCAUCUUCGGAACA